CCCACUUCCGGUCGUUUCGUCAACAACGUUAUUACCACCAGCCAUAGUGCACAUGGAAAUCUUCUGCCAGUGGGAGAAAUAGUUCUUGAAAUUUCGAGUUAAAGAACAGCAGAGGGGAUUGUUUGAGGUGACAAGAAGUGAGUGAUAAUGGGUAAGAAGAAGGCAGGAGGAGGAGCUGGACUGGGCAGAGCUCUAAUAAAGGAGAGACUUCAGGCAGGCCGAGGGAACAAGAAGGCCGACUCAUGGGUAUGAAAUGAGCAAAGAUUACUUUUAUACAACACUUUUUAACUAAUGGUAAACAGGGAAAUAGUUUAAUUGUUUAUAUCAUGUUACCAAGUCACUUUUAGUAGGAGUAAAAUACAGAGAUGUCACCACCGCCUGGUAAAAAUUAGUUAGACAUUAGAUAUUACAGGGUAAUGACCAUAAGCUGUUCCUGGAGGUACAUGAGGUCCAAACUGAAGCUUUAAGCACUAAUACUCUGUUAUUACCUGUAGUAGAAAGUUAUUACAAAUAUACACCUGUAUUGUUUUUUUUUUUUUUUAUGCUUUUACUGUAUUGCUCGGUGCCUCAGGUCAGCUGAUCAGCUGCUCCUGGAGGUACCGAGGUCCAAACCAAGCUCAGAGGGGAUAGAUCUUUUUCUGUUGUGGCCCCAAGAUUAUGGAACGAGCUACCCCUCCAAAUCAAACAAGCCCCCACACUGUCCAUUUUUAAAACUCCUCUUAAAACCCAUUUUUAUUCAUUGGCUUUCAACCUUGCAUGAGACUCGGCUCCUGUUUUAGUGUUUUAUGGUUUGUUUUUAGUUAUUUGUUUCUAUUGUUUUUAAAAACUGAAUGUAUAUUUUACUGUUUAAUAUCUGCCUUUAUUUUAUUCAUUGUUUUUAUUGUUUUGUCUAUUUAUGUACAGCACUUUUUUUUAGCUGUGGUUGUUUUAAAGUGCUUUACAAAUAAAGUUCAGUUGAGUUUUAUUUAUCCACUCUUUGUAUACAUGUGUGUGAAGUGUGGGGCUGUUUUGUGACAUUCCUCAUAGGGAGCACAUGACCAUUUUAAAUCAUUCACUUGUGAAGAAUCGUGAAAAACUCAAAGUUUCUUUUAAUAUAUUUCUAUAAUGCCUAAUAUUCAUCUUCUGUUUGACAUUCACAGAUCCACACAAGUGAACUUAAUGAUGGUUACGACUGGGGGCGACUGAACCUGCAGUCAGUCACGGAGCAGAGUUCUAUGGACGACUUCUUGGCCACAGCUGAACUGGCAGGAACAGAGUUUGUUGCUGGUAGGAAAGAUAUUACUUAACUUAUAUAAAGAGCUAUUGCUAUACAUUUAUAUUCGUAGCAUCGUAGGACUAUGAAAGCUUUUCAUAAACUGGCAUGUUUCAUAAACAUAAACUGCACUCUGUCGUCCUCCCCUCACAUCCGGAACCUUGGAAUCAUCUUUGACAAGCAACUCAAGUUCGACCGCCAUAUUAACCACAUCACUAGGGACCGCCUUCUUUCACCUCAGAAACAUUGCCCGGCUCCGCCUCUCACUCACUUUCUCAGCUGCCGAAACCCUGAUCCAUGCUUUCAUAACAUCCAGACUAGAUUACUGCAACAGCAUCCUAUUUUGCUUUAUUUUCCAGAGAAACUCAAUGUCAGGUUUGUGCCAGCUGAAGCUAGAGCUGGUUUAUUAACCACUGAGGAGAAAAACCGUCUGAAGAAGCUGCAUGAAGAAAACAGGCAUUUUCUCAGGAUCCCUCGACGGUAAGAAGAAUAAACUUUUUCUUUUUCUUUUAUAAAACCAUGACCCUGUGUUUUGUACAUGUUUUCAUCACAUCUCUCCGAUAUUUAAGCCCCCACUGGGAUGAAAGCACGAGUCCAGAGGCGCUGCAGCAAGCAGAGAAAGACAGCUUCUUGGAGUGGAGACGAGAGCUUGCACAGUAUGUAACAACAAACCCACUCAGUGAAAGUCAUGUCUGUAAUCAAGACCACUCUGUGUAACGUGCAGUUUUAAUGAUGUAAGAACUGGAUGAGACGCAACAGCAACCCUGACUGUAUCAUCUUUUAAGGCUGGAGGAGGAGCAGAAGUUAAUUCUAACCCCAUUUGAGAGGAACCUGGAGUUCUGGAGACAGCUGUGGAGAGUGAUCGAGAGGAGGUAAAACUGGAGAGUUGUAUGCUUUUACCGCCUAUAUUACACAAAAUAUUGACAUUAUAUGAUACCCAUGGCAAAAAUGAUCUUUUGUGUUUUCUCAUAGUGACAUUGUUGUUCAAAUCGUUGAUGCCAGAAACCCACUGUUGUUCAGAUGUCCUGACCUGGUAGGUAAAAAAGCACAGUUGUGUUAAUGGGAAAGGAUAAUUCUUAUAUUUUAUUGUUGAUUACGACUUGUACGUCACAUUUCAUAAUGUUUAUUCUCUUUAUAGUUUAUAGUUGUUAUUUUUUGUUGCUGUUAUUUGUCUUCUGGUUUGUUUGUCUUGCAUUCGCUCUUUCUUUAUUUAAUGUGUAAAAUAAAUAAAAAAAAUAACAAGCUAGAUAGAGGAAUUGUCAGAUGAGGAAAAUGCUUCAUAAAAUAAUGUUCUGUAUGAUGUGUCUGCUUCAUGCCACCAGGAGUCAUACGUUAAAGAAGUGUCAGAGCAUAAGGUGAAUAUGCUGCUGGUAAACAAGGCUGACUUGCUGACCAGAGAGCAGAGACGAGUUUGGGCCAGACACUUUCAGAAAGAUGGGCUUAGAGCAGUUUUCUGGUCUGCACUGGCUGAGGGCAACAGACUGGAUGCCGAGGAGAAGGUCAGUGGGAGGUUUAAAAAGAGAUAUUUAGUGCCUUGUCUUUGAAGGUUGAAUUAUUUGUUACCUAUUUCUUAGCAAAAGACAUUCAUGUCUAUUGUGGGAAAUCAACAUGUCUAUUUGUGGUUCAAGGUGGCUUUGAAGGAGCACUUUAAAACGAAACACCUUUUUUUUUUACAGGGCAUGGAAGUGGAGGAUGAAGAAUGUGAACAGAGUGAUGAAGAAGAAGAGGGACAACCAGAUAAUGAAGAACUCACAGCAGAAAAAAAGACAGAUGGAGAGUCCGAGGUGAAGACAACAGUAGAGGAGGAUGAUGAAGAGCAGCAGGAAAGGAUAUCUCUUGAUGAAGAGGACUGGCACACCUGCUCAGAGGAUGAGGGGGAAGAAGAAGAAGAAAGACCAGCUGAUUCUUCUAGUGGAUACUCCUUCCGUAACUCGAGCCGGUUGCUGCAUAAGGACGAGCUGUUAGAGGUGUUUAAGUCUGCUCACAACGGGCCCAGAUAUAAAGAAGGACAGCUGACUGUGGGGCUGGUAGGUACAAAGACACUAGACAGUUUAUUAUGUGUCUUAUAGACAGUUAUGAAAAGGUUAACAAGCUCGCAUUAAAACACACCUCUUCAAGAAUUGGCCAGAUUGCUCUUUAGUCAAAGUGCUCUCCUAACUAGCACUAUAAACAGUUAAAGUUGAUUGUAGUUUAGUUACAGUUUCCUCUGCAUGUAAUUUCAAUAGGUUGGGUAUCCAAAUGUGGGAAAGAGUUCAAGUAUCAACACUAUUCUAAGGAAUAAGAAGGUGUCGGUUUCAGCCACUCCUGGACACACAAAGCACUUUCAGGUACAAAAUUAUUUCACAGGCUUUCAUUAUGAAUUUAAGUCAUUUGUUUUAUAACAAGAUGAUUUUUUUUUCUUUUUCCUGACAUGUAUCCCAGACUCUGUAUGUGGAGCCUGGUCUCUGCCUCUGUGACUGCCCAGGUCUGGUCAUGCCCUCCUUUGUUUCAACCAAAGCUGAGAUGAUCUGCUCUGGGAUUCUGCCCAUUGACCAGAUGAGAGAUCACGUACCUGCUGUCUCUCUUAUAUCCUUUUAACACGUCUGUCACAGCGUCUUGAGUUUAUUGCCUCCUGGAAACACAGCUAUCACGUCUCUUUAAAAAAAUAUAUUCAAAUAACAGAAAUUAAUUCUAAAAUAAUAUGUGAACUUUUAAAUUAUAUAGCUAGAACUGGGUUGAAACAAUGUGAAACUUUAAGUUAAGACAGUUUCUUGAUCAGUCAGUCAUUUAUGAGCCCUUAACAGAGUGGUCACAUUUGUCAGUCUGUCCCUCGGCAUGUGUUAGAAGGCACUUAUGGCAUAAACAUCAUCCGACCAAGAGAAGACGAAGACCCUGACAGAAACCCCACCUCUGAAGAGCUGCUCAUGGCUUAUGGAUGUGAGGCUUUAAGACAUUUCUGUUAAAACUACACUCAAAACAGAACAAAAGAAAAUUGAGACUUUUUCAAUAUUUUUUUUUAUAUAGUGUAUCAGCCCACUUUAUGAAUGAGCUGUGUUAAUCAGUUAAUCUAAAUCUUGUCAGUAAUCAAGCACUGUGAAUAAGAGCUGACUGAAGUGUUUUACUCUGUGUUCUGAUUUCAGACAUGAGAGGAUUUAUGACAUCGCACGGCCAGCCUGAUCAGUCCAGGUCAGCCCGGUACAUCUUGAAGGAUUAUGUCAGCGUAAGUGCCAGAUUGAAAAAAAAAAAGAUAAAUAAGAUUGCUGGUACAUUUUGUACAUUAUUUUGUUGAAGUGGACUGCUUGUUUGUCAGAGGCGGAAGGGUUUAAAAGUGCAAAAGGAAACACCCCCCUGAGAAUAAAAGUAUUCUCCUCAUAAUCAUGUCUCUCUACAGGGCAAACUUCUCUACUGCUACCCUCCCCCUCAUAUUAAUGCUGAAGACUUUCAGCCACAACACAACAAGUUCCUGAACAGAGACGUGAACAACUGUGACCUCUCUGCAACAACUACCAAACACAGGGUCAAACGAAUUGAAAACAUGGUUGAUAAGAACUUCUUCCAUCAGGUAUGACACAUCAUCAGUUUGUGAGAAAAAUGCCUCAAUGCCAGAAAGUUUUUAAAAAGAUCAAAUAUAAAUCUGCAGCAAAGUUGUUUGUCUGACUGAAUUUCUGAAAUCAGGAAAACGUGCGAGCACUCUCCAAGGGGGUCCAGUCCGUCAUGGGCUACAAACCAGGCAGUGGACCUGUUGGCCCCGGAAAAGCUGAAUCUGAGAUGGUGGUGGGAAAACCCUGGAAAAAACACGGCAACAAAAACAAGAAAGAGAAAGUACGCCGUCUUAACAAACAUCUGGAUGCCUGACAGUGAAUUUGAAACAAGGGAUUUGAAAGAACACACCGUUUAUGCAAUCAAGAGAUCCCCUGAAAUAGAGUUGGUUUGUGAUUCCAAAGGAAUUCUGACGAAAAAAAUGUGUGGAGAGAUUUAGUCCUUUUAGUUUUUUUGUGAUCAGCCUAGGAGGUGCGUAAUUCAUCAUUCACUGCUCUGCUCUGAAGAUCACAAAGAUGCAAUCCAUUCCAUCAACAAAAUCACCAUCAUCUGAACUCACUACAGUUUUCAGAAAGGGACAUCAUUGUUACAACAUGAAUACAUUUUUAUGGACAUCUCCAUUUAUACAGUAACGCUCUUUCAAAAGGCACAUUCAUUUACCAGAAACAUCGCUGUAUUUUGGAUGUUGCAGUUGUGAUUAUUGUAAAGAUUUAUAAUGAAAUAAAUUGGAAGUUUUCAUGUGAAUGUUUCACUA